UUCCAUCACUACCAAACCCUAAAACCUCUUCUUUACCAUACUGAUCAUACUCACUCUGAGCAAUCAUCAUGGCCCCAAAUUUGAGCAAUGGUUCUGCUGUUGUUAACGUCGACAAUGGCGUAAACCCAAGUCCUUUUAGCCUUGAAGGUUCCAACUUGACGGCCAACGGCCAUGUCAUCCUCUCAGACGUCCCCAAAAACAUAACACUCCGCCCAUCACCCCAUACCAUCAGCAAGUCCACCGCCACCGGAGCUUUUGUUGGCUUCAACGCCGCCGAGGCUAGCAGUCGCCACGUGGUGCCCAUCGGCCAGCUGAAGGAUAUUCGGUUCAUGAGCAUCUUCCGGUUUAAAGUCUGGUGGACCACUCACUGGGUCGGUUCCAAAGGCAGUGAUCUCGAGCAGGAGACGCAAAUCGUGAUCCUUGAAAACUCUGACGCCGGCAGGCCCUACGUCGUCAUCCUCCCUCUCCUUGAAGGUGGCUUCCGCGCAUCCAUCCAGCCCGGCGUCGAGAAUUUCCUUGACGUCUGCUUGGAGAGCGGGUCAACUCAGGUCACAGACAAGGGAUUCUCCAGCGUGCUUUAUCUUCACGCCGGAGAAGACCCCUUCACGCUGGUGCAGGACGCCGUCAAGGUCGCCAAGGCCCACCUGGGAACGUUCAACUUGUUGGAGGAGAAGACACCACCUGGAAUCGUGGACAAGUUUGGUUGGUGCACGUGGGAUGCUUUUUACCUCACUGUUCACCCUCGCGGCGUCAUUGAAGGCGUGAGGAACCUCGUGGAGGGCGGGUGCCCUCCAGGGCUAGUGUUGUUGGAUGAUGGAUGGCAGUCUAUCGGCCACGACUCUGAUCCCAUCACUAAAGAAGGGAUGGGCCAGACCGCGGCCGGUGAGCAAAUGCCGUGCAGGCUGCUCAAGUUUCAAGAGAAUUACAAGUUCAUAGACUAUGAGAGUUCCAAGGACCCUAAUAUUAAAGGCAUGGGCGCCUUUGUGAAGGACUUGAAGGACGAGUUCAAGAGCGUUGACUAUGUGUACGUGUGGCAUGCGCUGUGUGGGUACUGGGGUGGAAUCCGGCCACAUGUUCCUGGCCUGCCGGAGGCUGUGGUUAUUGAGCCGAAACUGUCACCGGGGUUGAAGAACACGAUGGAAGAUCUGGCCGUGGAUAAGAUUGUCAACACUGGGGUUGGAUUGGUCCCACCGGAAAUGGUUAGCCAAAUGUAUGAAGGGCUCCACUCUCACCUGAAGUCAGUUGGGAUCGACGGCGUCAAGGUCGACGUUAUCCAUUUGUUGGAAAUGUUGUGUGAGAACUAUGGUGGACGUGUGAACUUGGCUAAAGCAUACUACGAUGCCCUGACAGCUUCGGUGAGGAAGCAUUUCGACGGCAAUGGCGUCAUUGCUAGCAUGGAGCACUGCAACGACUUCAUGUUCCUCGGAACCGAAGCCAUCACUCUCGGCCGUGUUGGUGACGAUUUCUGGUGCACCGAUCCCUCCGGUGAUCCCAACGGUACCUUUUGGUUGCAAGGGUGUCACAUGGUUCAUUGUGCUUACAAUAGCUUGUGGAUGGGCAACUUCAUACAGCCGGAUUGGGACAUGUUCCAGUCCACUCAUCCCUGUGCCGCUUUCCAUGCUGCCUCUAGAGCAAUCUCCGGCGGUCCAAUUUAUGUCAGUGACACUGUGGGGAAGCACAACUUUGAGUUGCUCAAAACCCUAGUGGUGCCGGACGGCUCUAUCCUUCGCUGCGAGUACUAUGCUCUCCCUACUCGUGAUUGUCUCUUUGAGGAUCCUCUCCAUGAUGGCCGCACCAUGCUAAAAAUUUGGAAUCUCAACAAGUACAAUGGAGUUCUUGGGGCAUUUAACUGCCAAGGAGGAGGCUGGAGCCGUGAGACUAGGCGAAACCAAUGUUUUUCCAAGUAUGUAGGAAAGGUGACCUCCAAGGCCAACCCUAAGGACAUCGAGUGGAACAGUGGCAAGAAUCCAAUUUCCAUUGAGGGAGUGCAAGUGUUUGCCUUGUACUAUCACCAGGCCAAGAAGCUAGUCCUGUCCAAGCCAACCGAGGAUGUGGAGUUGUCACUGGAGCCCUUCAACUUUGAACUAAUUAUCGUUUCUCCGGUGACUACUUUGCCUAGCAAGUCUGUGCAAUUUGCUCCAAUUGGCCUAGUGAACAUGCUCAACACUGGAGGCGCUGUGAAGUCGUUGGUUUACGGUGAGGAGGGGAACUCUGUUCAAAUCGGGGUGAAGGGCACCGGAGAGAUGAGGGUGUUUGCGUCUGAGAAGCCACUAGGUUGCAGGAUUGGUGGAAGCCCUGUCGCUUUUGAGUAUGAAGAGAACAUGGUGAGAGUUCAUGUGCCAUGGACCGGUAACUCCAGCUUGUCUAUUGUGGAGUACAUAUUCUAGAUCUAUAGGUCACUUUGGUUAUUUUUCUUUAGAAGCAAGUGAGCAAAGGGACUAGCUAGCUAUGUUUAAGCAGUACUAUUUUCCAAUUUUUCGUUUUUGCACCCUUUAUUAGUACUAUGGGAGAAUUGACUAUGUUUCAUUAUGGUUUCC